AUGCGAUUCAGUGACCAUUCGCAGCAGGUCCUACACUCGACCGGCUCCUUCACCGGAUACCGGCCGCAACACCACCAGCUCGGCCACGGCUACCUGAGCGCCUCGGAGCGCUUCGUCCAGCCGCUAUGCGGUAACGAGGAGGGCUGGGGCCCGCUGAGCCCCUUCCGCUACGACUUUACGCCCUGCUUCAUCGACGUCUGGGUCUCGCUGGUCGCCGCCUUCGGCAUCGUCUGCGGAGCUCUGGCGCUCUGGUAUGUCCUGAGGAAGUCCAAGGCUGCCGACGUGCCCAAGGACUGGCACUUCUGGACCAAGCAAACACUUCUGGUUGCCGUUAUCGCCGAUAUCGUCGCCCAGCUCGUUAUUCAGAUCAUCAACCUCCCCGGCAUUUGGUACGGCGAUUUUCGAGUCCUGACUACCUUCUUGACUUUCCUCUCUCUCGGUGUCGUUUUCGCGAUCCAAUGGGUCGAGCAUGCCCGGUCCCGAAACGCCAAUGGCGUUGUGUUGUUCUACUGGCUGUUUCUGCUGCUGGCAUACGCCGUCAAGCUCCGAUCCCUGGUCUCUCAGCAGAUUUACAUUACCAAUCUCCCAUACUUCGUAACCUACACUGUUGGCUUCGGGUUGUCGGUGGCCGAAUUCCUCUUUGAGUGGCUAUGGCCAAAGCGAGCCAGUGCAUACGAAGCAUUGGUGGAUGACGAGGGGAUCGAGUGUCCCGCCGAGUACGCGACCAUCUUUUCCCGGCUUGCUUUCUCAUGGAUGACCCCCAUGAUGAGAUAUGGUUACAAAGAGUAUCUCACCGAGGAAGACCUAUGGGGCCUUGGACCAAACGACAAGUCAUCCACGACUGGCGAACAAUUCGACAAGGCAUGGAAGUACGAGCUGAAGCACCGGAAACACCCAUCCUUAUGGAUUGCUCUUUUCAGGUCCUACGGUGGCCCUUACCUCGUCGCCACUGUCUUCAAGGUGUUCAACGACCUGUCGGCCUUUGCCCAGCCUCAGUUGCUGCGUUUUCUCAUCUCGUUCGUCGAUUCUUACCGGGAGGGGAAUGAGCCCCAGCCCGUGAUAAAGGGUGCUUCCAUUGCAAUUGCCAUGUUUCUUGUUGCCUGUCUACAGACGAGCAUGAUUCAUCAAUACUUUCAGCUUGCAUUCGUUACUGGCAUGCGGAUCAAGGCUGGACUGACCUCAGCGAUCUACAAGAAGGCCUUGAAGCUCUCAAACGAGGGUAGAUCUUCCAAGACGACUGGCGAUAUUGUCAACUACAUGGCCGUCGAUGCUCAGCGCCUUCAGGACUUGACUCAGUUCGCCCAGCAAGUAUGGUCUGCCCCGUUUCAGAUCAUCAUCUGCAUGGUUUCUCUGUACCAGUUGGUCGGAUGGUCUAUGCUCGCGGGCAUCGGUGUCAUGAUCAUCAUGAUUCCAAUCAAUGGGUUCAUUGCCAGAUUUAUGAAGCGUCUGCAAAAGCAGCAGAUGAAGAACAAGGAUGCUCGCAGCCGCCUGAUUGCCGAGAUCAUCAACAACAUGAAGAGCAUCAAGUUGUAUGCGUGGGGCACUGCCUUCAUGAACAAGCUUAAUCACGUUAGAAAUGACCAGGAGCUCCACAACCUUCGGAAGAUUGGAGCUGGUCAGGCAGUUGCCAACUUUACUUGGUCUACGACGCCGUUCUUGGUGUCCUGCUCAACCUUCGCUGUCUUUGUUUGGACUCGUGAUGUCCCGUUGACCACGGACAUCGUCUUCCCUGCGCUCACCUUAUUCAACUUGCUCACGUUCCCUCUGGCAGUCCUUCCCAUGGUCAUUACGUCAAUAAUCGAGGCGUCGGUGGCUGUAGGUCGACUGACAGAGUAUCUCACGGCCGAGGAAAUCCAGCCUGACGCCAUUGAAAUUGGCCCGGCAGCUGAGGAACGUGGGGAGGAGACGGUCGUCAUCCAGGAUGGCAACUUCUCUUGGAACCGUCAUGAGUCAAAGAGCGUCCUCAGGGAUAUCCACUUCGUUGCGCACAAAGGAGAAUUGACCUGUGUUGUUGGCAGGGUAGGGUCCGGAAAGUCAUCCCUCCUACAGAGCGUUCUGGGUGACCUAUGGAAAGAGAAGGGUGAGGUGAGAGUCAAGGGCAACGUAGCCUAUGUGGCUCAGCAACCAUGGAUCAUGAAUGCUACGGUCAAAGAGAACAUCAUCUUUGGUCACAGAUAUGAUUCCAACUUCUACGAAAAGACCGUCAAAGCCUGCGCUCUCCUCGACGACUUCGUCCAACUUCCUGACGGAGAUGAGACAGUCGUGGGAGAACGAGGUAUCUCGCUGAGCGGAGGCCAAAAAGCACGUGUCGCGCUUGCUCGAGGCGUUUACGCACGCGCUGAUAUCUAUCUGUUGGAUGACGUUCUAUCCGCAGUCGACUCUCACGUCGGCCGACAUAUCAUCGACAAUGUCUUGGGCUCUAAGGGGCUUUUAAGCUCUAAGUGCCGUAUCUUGGCCACCAAUGCGAUCUCAGUUCUGACUUCUGCAGACUACAUCUAUCAAUUAAGGGAUGGAGAAAUUGUCGAGAAGGGUACAUUCCCGCAGUUGAUCGCCAUGAAGGGAGGUAUUUCGGAUCUCAUCAAAUCAACCGGCCAAGAUUCAGGCCCAGCGUCGGAAGAUGCCAGUCCUGAAGGGUCUUCAAGCGAGGCUUCCUCGACAUACAUCGAGCCAGAUGCAGCCAGGGACAAGGAAGAAAUCGAGGAAGCCCAAGAAAAUGUACCUGAACUGGCUCCCAUCAAGACUGGUGCAUCGUCAAGCAUGCAGAAGCGAAGCGGUAGUAUGUCAACUCUUCGACGCGCGAGUGCAGCCAGUUUCAAAGGCCCGCGCGGUAAGCUCUCUGAUGAGGAGGAUCCCAGCAGCAAGACGAGGCAGGCCAAGGAGCACUCUGAGCAAGGCAAGGUCAAAUGGGAUGUCUACCUUGAGUACGCCAAAACGAGCAAUCUCUUUGCAGUCAUUAUCUACCUGGGCACCUUGAUUGCAGCACAGACCGCGCAAAUUGCUGGCGGCUUCUGGUUGAAAGAUUGGGCGGAGAGAAACGACGCAGCUGGCGGUAACCCUGAGGUCGGGAAGUACCUUGGCAUCUACUUUGCCAUCGGAGUUGGCUCGUCUGCCCUGACUGUAAUUCAGACCCUCAUCCUUUGGAUCUUCUGCUCUAUCGAAGCCUCCAGGAAACUGCACGAGAGAAUGGCAACGGCUAUCUUCAGAUCGCCAAUGUCUUUCUUUGACACUACCCCUGCUGGCCGAAUCCUGAACCGGUUUUCUAGCGACAUCUACCGCUUGGAUGAGGUUCUCGCGCGCACCUUCAACAUGCUCUUCGUUAAUCUCGCGCGCUCGGGCUUCACUCUAGCCGUCAUCUCUGUUACUACGCCCGCUUUCGUAGCGCUGAUCUUUCCUCUGGGUGCGGUGUACUACUGGGUCCAGCGAUACUACUUGAGAACAUCACGAGAACUCAAGCGAUUGGACAGUGUCAGUCGCAGUCCCAUCUAUGCCCACUUCCAAGAGUCACUUGGAGGAAUCAGCACCAUCCGGGCAUACCGACAGACAGACAGGUUUGAGCUUGAGAACGAGUGGCGAGUCGACUCCAACCUGCGUGCUUACUAUCCGUCAAUUAGCGCGAACAGAUGGUUGGCUAUUCGCUUGGAAUUUAUCGGGGCCAUCAUCAUUCUUGCAGCUGCGGGAUUCGCAGUCAUCUCCGUGAGCAACUACAGCGGCAUCACCGGCGGCUCGGUCGGCUUGGCCAUGUCGUAUGCUCUUCAGAUUACCACGUCGCUCAAUUGGAUUGUGCGUCAGACCGUGGAGGUGGAGACCAAUAUUGUGUCUGUAGAACGUGUUCUUGAAUAUGCACGCCUCCCGAGUGAAGCUCCUGAGAUUAUUCACCGACACCGACCGCCUGUGGCAUGGCCUGCAAAUGGCGCUGUCCAGUUCCACAACUACAGCACACGUUACCGAGCUGGCCUGGACCUGGUGUUGAAGAACAUUAAUUUGGACAUCAAGUCGCAUGAGAAAAUCGGUGUGGUGGGACGGACUGGUGCAGGAAAGUCGUCAUUGACACUUUCGCUCUUCCGUCUCAUCGAGCCGGAUACAGGCAAUAUCAGCAUCGACGAUCUGAACACGUCGACAAUCGGCUUGCUGGAUCUCCGAAGGCGGCUUGCCAUCAUUCCACAAGACGCGGCUCUUUUCGAGGGUACUGUUCGGGACAACCUGGACCCUGGCCACGUACACGACGACACGGAGUUAUGGAGCGUUCUAGAACACGCUCGACUCAAGGACCAUGUGGCCACCAUGGACGGAGGACUGGAGGCUAAAAUAAACGAAGGAGGUUCGAACCUAUCACAGGGCCAGCGCCAGCUUAUAUCCUUGGCUCGUGCCAUGCUCACGCCGUCCAACAUCUUGGUCCUGGAUGAGGCAACCGCAGCCGUAGACGUCGAGACGGACGCCGCACUGCAGACCACGCUGCGCAGCCCGCUAUUCGCUCACCGUACCAUAAUCACCGUGGCUCACCGCAUCAACACGAUCCUGGACUCGGACCGUGUCGUGGUCCUCGACAAGGGUGAGGUCGUGGAAUUCGACACCCCUCAGGAGUUGAUCAAGCGCAAGGGCAUUUUCUACGGCUUGGUCAAGCAGUCUGGUCUUGAUACGGAAUAG